UCAAGGUGGUUCAGAUAUCAGCGCGCAGAGCAACAGGACGCGCUGGAUUAUUCUUAAAAGGAAUAUAUACACUCUUCUGCUCCGAGAACUUAUCGAUCUAAUUCAUACUUAAAGACAGUUUCUCUAAAAGGAAAAAGCUGUAAAAGAAAUGAAAGCGUGGCGACUUCGGUUUCUAUACUUUAUGGUGUUGAGUGCAGCUGUGCAGCAUGUGACGUCCCUGGAAGAAGAGCUCACCGAUUCUAUUUUGGGUAACUUCCUUGACCCUCUGAAAGACCUGAUUGACUACAAGGAUGACAGCAAUCAAACUGUUGCCAAAUUCUCGCUCCGCAGACCAUCCCAUCCCGAUGACGACCUGUGCUACAUCGUUACUGGCAAACCCGACUCCCUGGCAGCUUGCACAUUCAACAGCACCUCCAAAACCUUCCUAAUAAUCCAUGGAUGGACGUUGAGUGGUAUGUUUGAAAGCUGGGUGGCCAAGCUGGUAUCAGCGCUGUAUGAGAGGGAGCAGAUGGCCAACGUCAUUGUGGUGGACUGGCUCACCUCGGCACAGAACCACUAUGUGGUUGCAGCUCAGAACACCAAAGCAGUGGGACAGGAUAUUGCUCGCUUCAUUGACUGGAUCGAGGAAACCACCAACAUGCCUCUGGAGAACAUCCACCUGAUUGGCUACAGCCUCGGGGCUCAUGUGGCAGGAUUUGCUGGAAGCCAUGCGACCAAUAAAGUUGGAAGAAUAACUGGUCUGGACCCAGCUGGUCCUGACUUUGAGGGGGAGCAUGCCCACAGGCGCCUCUCCCCUGAUGACGCCCACUUUGUGGACGUCCUCCACACCUUCACACGGGGCUCCCUGGGUCUCAGCAUCGGGAUCCAGCAGCCUGUCGGCCACGUAGACAUUUACCCCAAUGGAGGCAGCUUCCAGCCAGGCUGCAAUCUCAGGGGGGCCCUGGAGAAGAUCGCCAACUUUGGGAUAUUUGCGAUCACUGAUGCAGUGAAGUGUGAACACGAGCGCUCAGUCCACCUGUUCAUUGACUCUCUGCUGAAUGAGCAGGAAGCAGCCAAGGCCUACCGAUGCGGCAGCAGCGACAUGUUUAACCGCGGCAUGUGUCUCAGUUGCCGCAAAAGCCGCUGCAACACAGUGGGCUACGACAUCAGCAAGGUUCGCAAGGCUCGCAACGCUCAGAUGUACACCAAGACACGAGCCUCCAUGCCUUUCAGAGUUUACCACUAUCAGCUGAAGAUCCACUUCUCCAGUAAGGUGAACUGUUCAGAGAUGGAGCCCUCACUCACUGUGUCACUGUAUGGAACAAAAGGAGAAGCCGAAAACCUAGAGCUUAAACUAAAGGAGAAAAUUGCGACAAAUAAGACACAUUCAUUCCUGCUAGUGACAGAGAAAGAUAUCGGAGAUCUCUUGAUGUUGAAGUUUAAAUGGGAGGAGACAAACGGUUGGUCAGCCUCCAACAUGUUGAAGAUGGUUUCUUCUUGGUGGUCCGGUGACUCAGACAGCGCUAACAUGGAGGUUCACAAAAUCCGCAUCCGAGCUGGCGAGACCCAAAAAAAGAUGGUGUUCUGUGUAAAAGACCAUGAAGCUCUAAACUUAAAACAAGAGAUCACAUUUGUUAAAUGUAAGGAUGCUUGGAGGACGAACCCAAAACGAAUUCCAAAAAGAGUAAUUCUGGAGAACCACUGACCUUGAAGAAAAGACUCCACUAUUGAAUGCCCUUCUGUCAAUUUCAGCACUUAGUAAAUAAUUUAUACACCUGUAACUUAUUUUAUUUCUCAUAUUACACAAAACUCUCACCGCCGUGUAUAUAUUCACAAAAUGUUCGUUAUUUAAAAACAAUAUGUAUAUGAAUACUAUAAAAUAUUUUGUAAAGAGCUGUUUUUAUGAUACGUAACUGUAACUUUGUUGUCGUACAAAAAGUAAAUGCCGUCAUCUUUGGUGCUUCUUUUGUGUCCAAAGAGAUGGAUACAAAAUCACUUCAGAGCCUUGCAUACUGAGAGGUAUGACUGACUGGAUUUACCUUAGUAGUUCUGGAGAUACUGAUGUCCCAUUGUGUAAAUACCUCAGGUUAAAUUUCAUAUUUAUAGCAAUCACUGUAAAGAGUAAUGUCCUUUUGGUGUCCAUGGAGGUCUGCAGACUGUUGCCGCUUCUUAAAAUAACCGUUAAGCUGAAUUUCUUAAGGUGUUUUAUGCAAUAGGGUACACUUUAUUUACCUUUUAUUUAUUAUCUAACUAAUGCAUAACCUAACGGAGCAUUCACCACUGUGGCUCUCAGCACUGUACGUGACUGUGGGACCUGUAUCAGUGUGCCUUACUGUAAACAGUCAGCCAGAAGUAAGCUAUUGCAAAUUGAACUUGUCUUAACCUAGUGUUUUGUUGCUGUUUUUCACCUUAGUGUGCUUUAUUAUUGUUAUUCUAUGAACUUUGUGACUUUUACUGAAACAUCUGAACAUGCAAAAGCUUUUGCAUAAUUUUUACAGCUACACCUCUGCAACAUGUUACUUUGAAGCUGCUACCUAAAAGAAAUGCCUGGCAUUUUGUCUACCAUGGUUCUACUACAGUGGCUAAAUUUGAGGUACGUGAUGCUCAGUUUGAGGUAGAAAGCACAAUUAAUAUCAAUUUCAUCAUUUUGUUGUGCUGUCUAUCAUGAGUCUCUGUUGACUGCAAUUUCUAUUGUGCAUUUGACUUUUUAAUUCUUAACCAAUGCUCUUUCAUUCAUAAUUACAUUUCAAGUUCUGUGAGCAAUAUCUAAACCUUGGCUCUUUAGAGAUCGGUACUUUAAUCAUUGUGACUGCGUUUCCACCGACUUUAAAAAUGUGGAAAUGUUUUACUUGCACUGAAAACAAGGGAAGAGAUUGCUCAACCAAGUUACUUGUACAGUUAUGUAAAUACCAUAAUACAGAUUAUGAGAAUAGAUUUUGUAGUAUGGAACGCUGUUAGUUCUAUAUUUUUACCUCUGGAUGAAUUGAAUCUCUAAUCUAAAAAUGUUAUAUAUCUAUAAUCUUUUGUACAUAUUUGUAAAUAUUCACUGUACUGUAUAAAUUCUUUAAUAAACCAAAACUGACAUCUGA